GCUUCAGUAUGUCACUAGCCUUGGGAGUGAGAGGAUAUAUUGUCGUAAGGGAAUUCCAACGGCCACAGACACGCACACACACGUACGCAGACGUAGAUAUAUAUACACAUAUGUUCGACUGUACACACACAAACGUAGAUAUACAUACACACAAGUUCGACUGUACACACAUACGUAGAUAUACGUUUUCCAGAAAGGACAGACGUAUUGCGCAAAUUGUGCUGAAGAUAACUGCAGGAAAAUAUUCGUUAAAGUUUUAUAUCGCCAGCUAUUGACACGGAGUUAUUUGGGGAGGGAAUUGUGAAAAUAUGUUAUGGACAUAGGAAAAAAAAAACAGUGCAUGUUUAUCAAAAGAAGAAGUAAAAAAUCAUUUACCAUUAAAAUCUCAAUAAACCCCAGUUUUAUAUAUCAACCCACGGGACUUAGAACAACAACAACAACAACAACAAACAACAAAAGAACAGUGCAUAUCAACGAAUUGAAACGAGAAAAACAAACAAACAAACAAACUGCCUUUGGACUACUAACGCUCCCAUCUGCGAAAAUGACAACGAAACGGCAAAAGGCCUUCUGUACCUUCUGCAUCGCCGUCUGGAGUAUAGGAUGGACGACCCUCUCUGCGCCAGCCAAUUCCACUCCUUCGUCAGAAGGACAAACAAACCACGCAGAAAGCCAAGUAGAUCCUUGCGCCCCGAUGAAGCUGUUCGCUCACCAAUCGGAAAAGGAGGAAGAAAAGUCAGUAUUGCUAUUCGAAGUUGAAACCGCCGGGAUCUGCACGAAGCCGAAAUGUGCCGGUAUUUUCAUCAAAAUUCGGAAGUGUCAUGAAACAAACGGAGGCAGCUUUACUAAAGCACAGAUGAAAGGCCGAUUCUGUGCCAGUGACACGGGCUGUUACAAAGUUGCCUGCGGGAACAUCACUUCUAACACUGUAACUUUGCUUGGGCUGUCAGAGAUUACCGUGGAAAUCAGAAAGCCUGUCUUCAGAAAUUCUACACUGGUCGAAACCGCAGUAAAUUCCAUGGAUCCAAGAGUCACCGGUUUUAAAUACGACAUCCUCGACAACGUGACGUGGGAGAAGUUAUCCAAAGGUAAAAUCCCAGAUCGAAGUGCUUUGUUGGAGGUGAAAGUCAAUGGAAGUUUCGUCAGCGGGAAAUGCUACACUUUUAGAUUCAAGCCGAUAGCAAAUAUACCAGGCUGCAAGGAACAAGCUUCAAGGUCUGUAGUUAAAUGCUAUAACGCCACAGAAACGACAGAAAUGGCGUAUGAAACUCAACCAGGGAACUCGAGCUACAGUACAGUGAUCUUACAAGCAGCUUGCUUAUCAAUCAUCGUCAUCGUCUGCUUCGUCGUCACUGUCGCCAUCUAUCGGAGGAAAAAAGUGGGAAUCGAGCAACACGGCAGACGAGGAGACAGAACUUCACGAGCGAAUAGAGUGCUUGUGAUCCACGCCCUUGAUGACUACAAGUUGCAAGAAAAAUGUACGGAGUUGUGUAUUGCAAUCAGUUCUCACCUGGCGGGUUCUAUUCAGGUACAAGACAUUUACCUGACGAAGGACACCUGCCUCCUCCAGGACCCUCAAGCUUGGGUCACAGACAAGGUCAUCGCUCCCGGAACCGACGAAGGAGGAGAACAAGGAAUAACGAAGAUUAUUCUGGUUCUUUCUCCGCUCAUGGAACAUCUGCGGAGAGCUUUGGACGAAGAAAAAGAUGACUUUGAUUUCUUCGGUCGCCAGCCUCACCCUCACGACCCAGUGCUAAAGACUUUUCUCCGUCACCUCGCGACGCCAGAACUCAAGAUGGAUUAUAAGCGUCUCUCCCUUGUUAGAUUCUCUGACCUCCACGAGCACUGGUCAGGUGACUUCCAAGACCUCGUCCCAGGGAAGAGAUUCAUCCUGCCCCACCACGAAGAUCAGCUCCUGGAUGCAAUAGGGCAAAAAGGCCCCCCGUUGUAAAGGAGAGACUGUCCCUGGGUGGGCUGUAGGAGCAUGUGAGAGAGAGGGAGAAGAAUAAAAGUCCGUUAAAAACGCCGGCUCUCUGAAGGAAAGGCCGAGCGUAGUUCACUGAGCCAAGGUCAACUCCCCUACAAGGUCGUUGACCCAAACCUUUUAUGCGAACAAGGUCGUGCGCCAAGUUCGUUUAUCCGGAGUCUGCGUAGCAAGACUCAUUGUUGUUAAGAAUGUUGUCUGCUCAGUAAGGACUGUAGCAUCUCGUCCAAGGCGUUCCCAUUCGCUCGUCAGCGUCUCCUGCAGGCAUGUUCUCUGCAGCAUUGCCAUCUGCGCCAUCUACAGUUGAUUCCGUCACAGCCAGGCGCCAGGGAUAGUCAGAGGGGUGUCUGUUGCGAAAUCUAUGGUAAUAUUGUGUUAGAUAUAUCUUGAUUAACAGUUAAAAGAAAUAGGUUAGUUUGUAGACAGUGAUUUCCAACGGAGCGUAAGAUUGAAUUUAUGUCUAUUUGCUUUUACCAUCAUCAUUUCUUAUACUUACUUAAUAGCUUAAUUCAUUCAUUCAUUAAGAAUUGCUAGUUAAUUUGUAUUUGAAUUAACUAUUUGCUUCUCUUGUUGUGUUUGACCACACGUGUAAAUUCACCAAUACGUCAUAUACCUGGAAUGUAUAACUUAUUGCUCUAAUAAAUGCCAUGUUCGUCACCAGCUUGUAGUUAAUAAAAUGAUUGACUUUUACAUAGAAUAAUUAAACAUUCAUUGAUCUAAAAAAUCCCUUAAUUAAUUAUUCAGAGGUAUACUAUACUUAAUGAGAACAAUUAAACCUUCAUCAAUAUAACAUAAGUCUUUGACACUGAAGAACUUUUGAUAACUGUAGUGGUAUAUGGGGCCAUGCGGGAUGUAGGGACUGCGAGCUAGACCUGUGUGUCUGUCUGUCCCGUCUCUCUGCCGUCGAAGAAGUCUUGCCUUGUAUGUGGUGGGUCCCCUCUCGGCUAAUGGGUUGCAGUGUCUGUGUAAGUAUAUAUACAUUUCUAUAGACCUUGGGUGCUUGCUUCCAGAGUGUGAGGUUUAUCCGGUCGUGGCGUAGGAGGGUGAGCGAGCGAGCGAGCGAGAGAGAGAGAGAGAGAGAGAGAGAGAGAGAGAGAGAGAGAGAGAGAGAGAGAGAGAGAGAGAGAGAGAGAGAGAGAGAGAGAGAGAGAA